GAGGUGGGGGCUGUGAGUAUUAGCAAUUCAUAUCCGAGGCCACGCGCACACACACACAUACACACUCACACACAUAUACACAUAUACACACAGCAGCAUGGCUAACAUCGCGGUGCAGAGGAUAAAACGGGAAUUUAAAGAAGUCCUUAAAAGCGAAGAGACGAGCAAAAACCAGAUUAAAGUCGAUCUGGUGGAUGAGAACUUCACAGAACUGAAGGGGGAGAUCGCAGGACCACCUGACACACCUUACGAAGGUGGUCGAUACCAGCUAGAAAUUAAAAUUCCAGAAACAUAUCCCUUCAAUCCUCCAAAGGUACGGUUUAUUACAAAGAUCUGGCAUCCCAACAUCAGCUCAGUAACUGGUGCCAUAUGUCUGGAUAUUUUAAAGGACCAGUGGGCGGCGGCCAUGACACUCCGGACAGUGCUGCUGUCUCUACAGGCCUUAUUGGCAGCGGCAGAGCCAGACGAUCCACAGGAUGCAGUGGUGGCCAAUCAGUAUAAGCAGAACCCAGAGAUGUUUAAGCAGACGGCUCGGCUCUGGUCACACGUUUACGCAGGUGCACCAGUCUCCAGUCCAGACUACACACGCAAAAUAGACAAACUUUGUGCUAUGGGCUUUGAUAAAAACGCGGUAAUAGUGGCAUUGUCGUCAAAAUCCUGGGAUGUAGAAACGGCUACGGAAUUGUUGCUUAGCAACUGAACCUACAGCACCAUGAUCACCACCCACGCCCCAUUAUCCAGAUUUCCCACACCUCUGACUCCGCCCAUGUCCAAGUUGGAUUCACUUCCUAUAUGGAUAAAAAAGCACCUCGACUCCCCAACACAAUGCAUUUACGAGUCCAUUACAUCUUUUUCUCUCUCCAUUUGACAUUACAGUCUCUUCCUAAACUCUCACAUCAUCUCAAACUUACGUUGCCCCCCCCCCCUUCUGAUUUAAGUGUGCCUUUCCCUCAACAGUAUUCCGUAUUUCUCACCUUUUGUCAUCGCCAUCCUCUGUGUCCUCCUCAUACUGAUCACGUAAUUCUUAUCACAGUGCUGGACGUUUCCAUAUCUUCCCCCUCCUCCAUUUUGCACAAUCACUCAAGCUCUUUUAUGUGGAAUCCCAUCUUUACGAUGCCAGUAAAUCAAAAUAAAAAACACUCCAACACCACUCUCACAUUUGACACACAUUACACUAUUGCGAAAGAUCAAGACUGGAAUACACACAAAAAAAAACAAUAAAGAGAGUAAGAAAGGAAGUAAACAAUCACACUCACUGAACAAAGCAUUGACUGCAGAAACAGCAGAAGAAAGAAAAGAUUUCAUCUGUAAAUAAAGCUAUUAAAGUCUGUAUAAAUUCAAGCAAUGUGGCGAUGCUUUUAUUUAUUAUUGUUUUAAGGAAAAGUGAAAUAAACCGAAGAGUUUCGUGGCUAAUACAGCAA